AUGGUAUUGGAUGUCUAUGAAAUUGUCUUCGGUUUUCUUACACGUGAGUGUAAAGCAUCCUCAGGCCAAGCUGGCUUCCUAUGUGAUGACAGAACCACAUGCAUUGUAGCCUCGGCACUAUGUGACGGGAAAGUGGACUGCGGACAUGGGGAGGAUGAAUCUACAAGAUACUGCGGGAAUGUACCAAACAGUCUUCCAGAAGGCUUGGUAUUCAAGUGUGCAAACAAGAGAUCGUGGACCUACAUUGAUAAACUUUGUGACAACAAGAACGACUGCGGAGACUGCUCCGAUGAAACAGCACUUCGCUGCCCUCCGUGUCCAGGCUGGAGAUGUAACACGGUCUUCUUCACGGAUUGUGACUGCAUCCCAAACACCCGCUGUAAUGAUAGCAUUCAGGACUGCAUAGACUGGAGCGAUGAAACCUCUUGUCUUUGAGACUGCACAAUACAGACUAUUCAAUGAUGGAAGACCCUUGGGAAUGGUCAACCUGUCAGCCUUAGAACAGCUUUGCUUCCAUCGUAGCACAACUCAUACACUGCUCACCAAAACGAGGACGACCAAACAUUUUCUACAGGGAGUGCAAACUGUCUCAAGUGUCCCGCUAUUAUUCCUCCAGUGUAAUAUGUGGGAAUCGUUCAGGACUUGUGACCAUGAUGAAUGCGAUCCUGCACAUACAGCCACGACCCUAAAGGGCUGGUAUUAGAAAACCACUUCUGUUUCCUUCCAGGAGGAGC